AUGGAGCAAAUGAAGAUGAUCAAAACUCUACAACAAUCUCAACAAGAAUAUAAAUCACCAUUUUGUUGGUACGAUAUAGUAGCAGAUAUGUUGGUGAAAGUAAUCGCAGACGAGGAAAGAAUCCAGCAACAAGAAACAACUCAUUUGAACAGGAAAAAUAAUCUGAAUACAAUAAUAAAAGAAAAAAAAAUAAGAUAUGUUCCUUGUUCACAAUUUAAGCCAAAGGAAAAUUAUUUAAUAGAUCGAAAAGAUCAUCCAUCACUUUUAAGACCAACUAGAGAUACCGAGUUUGAAACAAUGGAAUAUCCUGAGUUUGUUUCAAAACCUUUAAUGAAUUGUAAACUUAAUGAUAUUUCUUCUUUAACAAAAAAUUAUGAGAAUUAUGAAUCACCAUUUUUAAAAUGUCCAUUAUGUGGUUGGGAAGAUAUAAAAUAUAAGGAAAUUGAGGAAAACUCAAAAAAAGAUUAUACUUCUUGUUCUGGAUAUAAUAAAGACAUUUUUGGAGUUUAUACUAAUUGUGCUGGAUGUGACAAAGUUACACGUGAUAAUCUGGGCAACACUGAUCUAUCGAUCUAUUAUUCAAAAAAAAAUGUGAAUUAUUCUGGAGAUUCCGAAAUUUUACAGGAAUUACCAAAACAUACAUCUAAUGGAAAUUUAAUAACAACAAAAUCUAAAUCAAUAUCAGUAGAAUCUGUAAAAGAAAAACAAUAUCUAAAGACAUAUACAAAUGCAGAAGUACAAUAUAGUAUUGAUUCUAAAAAGAGUUCAAAAUAUGAUAUAGAAACACCAAUGCAAAUAAAUAUUCCUGUAAUGACAGAUAAAUUACAGCUUGAUACCAUAAAAGCUUCUACUCAUCUAAAAAUAAUUUUAUCAGAUCAAAAUAAAUCUUUAAAAUCAAAAUCACUUGCAAUAGAAAGUGCUUUUCAAAAUAUGAAAUUUAUAGAGAGUAAAAUUAUACAGAGUGCAAAAUUAGAAACAUCUACGAAAGAAAUACAAGUUUCUGAAGAUAUUCAUCAAUUCAAGAAAAAAGAAAUAGAUACUAAUACGAUCAAUUAUAUUGAUAAAGAAGUGCAGAAUACAGUUUGUAUAACAAAUGGAAUAAAAAAAUCUAUUUCACUUCAAACUUUAAAUCAAGUUGAUCAAAAAGAAAAUCAAACUGAUAAAUAUAGGAAAAAUUCUACAGAAUCAAAAGAAGUAUUAGUUAAUAUUAUAAAUCAAAUUUCGAAAGGAAUACAAACUACUAUUUUUGUAUCACGAGGAAAUUUAACUUGUCAUAUAUCUUUACAAAACAUGACAGAAACUGGAACUACUAUGUCCAUACACCAAAUUCGUAAUGUUGGUUGUGUAACAAAAGAAACUAAACAAUUUAAAUCGAACUUUGUACAAUGCGUUUCUAAAGAAAAAUUUCCAUCUUUAGUUCAAUCCAAAUCAUGUAAUUCUGUGACAUAUAUUCAAAAUAUGGAUUUGAAACAUUGUGUAAAAAAAAAAAGUCAAGAAUCUGAAGAUUCAUGUUUAAUAGACACGUGUCCACAAAAUAUAUUACAUCUUUGUAAAGAAGAUCCUUCCGUGAUGUCACUUUUACAACAACUUUUGCAGAAUAUAUUAUUCAUACAUGAAGAAAAAAUGCAAUAUGAUUAUAAAUAUUAUCCGAAAGAGAACUGUUUAAUCAAUGCAACAAAAAUGGUGUCAGCAAUCAAAAGUCAUAUCAUGAUGCUAGAAUUGAAAGAUAUCAAGGAACUGAAAGAAUCCUAUCAGAAAUUAAGUACAAAAUCAUUUCCUCAAAGAGUUCAAAAAAAACCCAGUUUAAAAAAAAUUGACACCUCUAUCUGUAACAAUAAAUUGAUAAUGACUGAAGAAAUAUUUGUGCCAUUAUUUCGAUCUACGAUUACAAAACAGGAUGAAAAACAAAAAAUAAUGGACAAAUUAAUAUUGGAUAGGAAAAAAAAGUUUUUAAUGGCAGAUAAAAAUGUUUGCACUUAUUUAAAUUGCAAAGAUAUUGGUAUCAAUGGAUCGUUUCAUCGUGAUAUACAAAUUCAAAGUGAUUCUCAAUUGUUCAAAGAUUCUGCAUGCUUAGCAAGAGAUAUAAAACAAAGAAUAAACGUAGGUGUUCAAAAACGAGAUCCUAUACUGGUUCGAGUGAUUAAAUGCAAUGAAAAUCAAGCAAUAAUAAAAUCGGAUAAAGAAACAUUAACUGUGAUGACAGAUUUGAAUUAUGGAAAGAAAUAUAUAAGUAAACGAAUAGAAACAUGUGGUCGAUCUACUUGUAUUCCAUCUACUAUUUGUAGAAAAUUGAGCGAAGCUAAUUUGAAAUGUGCUCUUUACAAGGAACGUGCAAAUCAAGUAAUCGAUAAUUAUCAUAAACAGUCAUUUAAGAAUAAUAUAUGCGAUAUAAAUUGUAAAAAUAAUAUAUUUUAUGACUGGACUGAUGUAACAAAUGAUGUUAAUUCGAAAAUUCCGAUGUGUGUAAGAUCGCAGAAAUAUAUGUAUGCAAGAAAUAAAUAA